CCCUUAUUCUACAUCAUUUUGAUUACAGAAGAACAAUUUCUCAAAAUCAGAUAUAUAAGCAGAGUCAGAUUGAAGUUUUAUCAGUCUUAGAUUCUGUCUGAUCCUACCACAUUGUCAGUCAUUAGCUAAAGUUAACAUGUGAUCUCAACAGAAUUGAUCUUUAGAUACAGUCAUGUGAAGCAUUGAUCAGCACAGUUUCAACACUGCCAGUUUGUCUAGUCGAAGAUUAAAUGUAACCAUAGAAAUUGAGUUUAUGUGUUUUGAUAAGCACAGCAGAGAAUAAAAGGUGUAAGAAAGUGCAAUAUUUGGAUCUUACAGAAGACAGUUUCCUUUGGGAAGAGAGUUUGAACUAAAGGUUACCUGAGAGAAAAAGAAGCAUUUACAUACAAAUAAGAGAAGGAAAAAGAGAAAACAAAGAUACAGGAUUAAAUAUACAACUUGAGGAUAUUGAUAUGUAAAGCAGAAUAUAUCCACUGUUGACCAUCAAAUCCAGGAAACAUGGCAGCUUUUAUUGCCAAGCAGAUGGUUGGCAAUCAACUGAAAUCUGUUAAAGCUGCAACAGGCGGUGCUUUAGGUGAUAAAGAUGAAGAAAGUAAGGAAGAUGGGGAUGGUGGUGAAGAUCCAGAGAUUGAAGAAGCAAGGAGAGAAGCAGAGGAAAAAAGGAAAGAAAAACACAGAAAAAUGGAAGAAGAACGAGAAACUAUGAGACAGUCUAUACGAGAUAAGUAUGGCAUUAAAAAGAAACAAGAAGAAGAAGAAUUACUGAAACAGCAAAUGGACUCAGCAGGGCGAGUUGGUCGAAAGAAAAAAACUCCUGCUGAACUUGCUGCUGAGGCAAAUGCAGGAGAGGAGGAGGAUGAUGAAGAUGAGUUUGCAAUGCCCAAAAACCUAGAUGAAUUCAAGUCAAAGGUUCAGGACAUCCCACAAAAACUGACUCAGACUGUUGGGGAGGUGUCUGAAAAAUGUUCUCUGCAGUGACAAUUGCUUGAGGAUUUCUCAGUAGUGUCUAUAGAUACUGCUACUGUAACCAGAUAUAUGCAAUUUUAGAUACUGAAAAUAAUUAGCUAAUUAAUUAUUGGAAUAUUUUGUUGCAUUGUACACAAGACAAAAGAGGACCAUACACAUUAAAGAGGGCUGUAAGGGGGGUUUACGCACAGAUGAACAAGAAAUAAAGUCUGUAUUACCUAUAGAUUUUUUAUUCUGGGUUGGAAUGAUUCAUUUAUUAAAAAAGCUCAAAUUUAUUCAAAGAUCUAAAAAAAAAUUACAGUUUUGAGUCAUCAAUAAGUUUGUUAUUUAUAUUUUUUUUGCAUGUCCAACAGUAUGUCAUAAUCUUUUAGAAUUUCUAAGAACCUCACACAAAAACUGUGAUACUGUUAAUUUAAGUCAAGAUUGAAUGGCACUGAGAAACAAAUAUAGGGGAGAUCUAAUAUCAAUGAAACAUAACUUCAAAUUAGCAAGAGAACUGUCAGUUGUACUUUCGACACUUAUUCUAUUUCUUAAAAUUAGAAAAAAAGAAGUAGCUGUUUUUCCAUGAUAGAGAAUGCAAACAAGUAGAGUUCUUUUUUGAUAUAACAUAAUUCUGAAGUAAUACAGAAGAAAUUUGUUUUGUGUGUUUUAACUCUUUUUUCCUGUGUAUAAACUCAAAUAGCAAUAUCAAAAAGUAAGCUACAAAAUAUGCAUUACAUACAUUUUUAUGUGUAGAAGCUGUAUAUAGAACAUUUUCAUGUCAGAUGUUUUCAGCAGAUUUUGUACAGUUAAGUUAGUUUUACACUUGUGUUAAGAUGUUUAUAUUAAGUUCUACAAAUGAUUUCACAAAAUUUUAAUAUUUUCACAAAAUGUAUUAAGUACUUAGUUUAAGAUUUCCAUUCGAACUUCCACAUGGAAAACUUAUAAAAUGAUAAAUUUGUGUACAUUUUUAUUUGGUUAUUUUCCAUUCUGUAAGAGCUACAAUGUUCCAUCAGUAAAGCUGACAUUUGUAAUCAAAUUAUUCUUUUGAGUCAGCAAUAUUUUUAUAUGUUAUGGUACUUCUUUAGGUUUUUCUGUCUUUACAAAUUAAUCAUACUUCAAGUCAAAGGCAUCAGUUGUUCAACUGAUGCUUCCAAAUCUAACAAAUAUAGGCUAAUCAAAAUUGAUAUACAUUUUGACAAAUAGUAUACCAUUGCAGAGAGGAUGAAAAAGAGAUAUAAUUGUCCAUAUAUCCCAGCAAUGGUAAAAUAUAAACAUAUUCCACAUCUAAUCAUAAAAUAAAAUAAAUGAAAAUACAAUACAAUACCUACUAACCUAUAAAAAUCAAGGAUAUUUAUUUUAGGUGUUAUUAUGAAAUAUAUGCUGAUAAAGCAGUAAAUAUUUUUCCACUGUGAAAAAAUUGUUUGUAUACAAUUAGAGUUAGCACACGAUCUAAUCUGGAUUUGACUGGUAUUGUCAUGUUCACUCUUUUGUUGUUCACUUUGGAAGAUGAAAAGGUUAAUAUGUGCAAACUGUUAAGUAUUAAUAUUAUUUUGACACAAUAAGCUGGAUUUGAGCUAAGUAGUUGUGAAAUAUCACAUAAAUAUGAUCCUCCAUCAUGGAGGUGUGAAGAAGGUCCACUUGAUGAAAAUUAAUAAUCUGUCAAUGGAAUUUAUAGAAUCUCUUGAUUUAUGGCCAAUUUUCUUGAUCUAAAUCCCAAAAUCUCCUUAUUUGGUCAUUAUUCUGUCAAUGAUUUGAAACUCUAUCAGGUAUAUAUUUUAAUUAAGUUAAUGCUAUGAUAUACAUAAUAUACAUAAAACAUAUAUAUAUAUAUAUGUUUUAUGAAUGAAUACCAACAGAAGUCAGAAUCUUUCUAAUGAUUUUAGUCUCAGAUUAAAAUAUGCUUCCUAGUUUAGAUAAUGAUAUCCUCAAUUAACUUUAUUACUUUAUUUAUAUAACAAACAACUCUGAUAUAUUGGGAAGGAAAUAAAAUUUAAUGACAGUGAAUGAGUGGUAUUUAUUAAGACAUGUGCAAUUAGGUAUAGAUAUUAUUAAGGAAUUAAAAUAUUGGUGGCAUAUGGCUAUAUUACUGAUCUAGAACAGUCAUAUAUCAGUCAAUUAAAUUUUGGAUUUAAGGUUUACCCUUAUAUUUUAAAAUCUUUACUUUUGGUGAUGGCUUACUAAAGAAAGCAAAAGGAAGGGAGAUAAUUAAGCAAUGGGAAUUAAAGAUUUAUUUAUGUUGACCAAAGGAAGAUAAUCAUUUUCUGAAUAUCAUGUGGCCAAUUAUAUGAUAUUUGAUAUACUUAUAUUUUUUGUUUUUAUUAUAUUCUGUUUUGUGUUUACCUUUGUUAUAUUUUAGUGUUUUUCUAUGUUCUGACAAAAAUUGUUAAUUGUUAAAUUAUUGUUAAAAAAAUAUGAUUCAUUCAUUGUCAAAUGUAGAAAUAAAAAAUAUCAAAAAUA